AUGCACGCAUGCCCCAAUGAUUGCAUCUUGUAUAGGAAGGAGUAUGAGGAUUUAACUCAUUGUCCUAAUUGUGGUAUCUCAAGGUGGAAGGAAGGCAAAGAUUCAAUCUUGAAAGAGGGUGUGCCAGCGAAGGUGGUGUGGUAUUUUCCUCCAAUUCCAAGGUUUAAAAGGAUGUUUCGAUCACAUGAGACCGCUAAGAGUUUGACUUGGCAUGCUGCUAGAAAAUCAAUUGACGGUUAUAUGUCUCAUCCAGCGGAUUCCCCGUCUUGGAAACUUCUUGAUGAUAAAUGGCCCGAGUUUGGUAAUGAGCCGAGAAACUUGAGAUUGGCUCUUUCAUCUGAUGGAUUCAAUCCCCACAGUUCUCUAAGUAGCAGAUAUAGUUGCUGGCCAGUUAUCUUAGUUACAUAUAAUCUCCCUCCAUGGCUGUGCAUGAAACGAAACCCGGGAAAUGAUAUAGACGUCUACUUGGAGCCUUUGAUUGAUGAUUUAAAAUCUUUGUGGGAUGGGAUUGGAGGAGUGUAUGAUGCACAUAAUGGAGAAUACUUUACACUCAGAGCUGCAUUAAUGUGGACAAUUAAUGAUUUCCCCGCCUAUGGAAACUUAUCUGGUUGUGUUGUUAAAGGAUAUAAAGCUUGUCCAAUAUGCGGCGAUGAUACACCUAGUCACAGGUUGAAAAAUGGCCACAAAAUUUGUUACAUUGGGCAUAGAAAAUGGUUACCGAUCAAUCAUCCAUAUAGGAGGCAACGUGCAGCUUUUAAUGGGAAACCUGAAUAUGGCACGCCUCCUGAGCCAUUAACCGGAGAAGAAGUGCUGCAUAUGGUUGAAGAUGGUGACAGAGUUUGUUGGAAGAAGAAAUCAAUAUUCUUUGAUCUCGAGUAUUGGAAAUACCUUCCUGUGAGGCAUGUCCUAGAUGUUAUGCACAUUGAGAAGAAUGUUUGCGAUAGUAUCAUUGGUACAUUGCUGGAGAUCCCUGGAAAAAAUAAAGAUGGGAUUGCUGCUCGAUUAGAUUUAUUGAACAUGGGGGUCAAAACUGAUUUGCAACCCGAGUAUGGAGAAAGACGUACUCGUUUGCCUCCCGGGCCUUGGAAUUUGUCAAGAGCAGAGAAGAGAGAGAAUCGUACUCGUCCCGAAGGUUGCAUUGCUGAGCGGUAUAUAGCUGAAGAAGCUGUAGAGUUUUGUACGAGCAUUUAUCUGAUGCAACAUAUGAUCCACAUCCAGACCGCUUUAUCCAAAAUUGAAAGAGAACAAAGUGGCUGCAGGAUAAGCACAAUAGCACUUUCAUUCAAUGGCUACGCUUCAAGGUUCAAAGUGAACUUAAUGAGGAAAGACAAUCAUGGCGUAUCAGAAAAUUUAAGGUGGUAG